AAGACUAGAAAACGGAAAUAUCCUUUUGAUUCUGCAUCAUAUGAGCAUUUUGGAGAAGACAUAUUGAAAUUUUGGGACUUUGCUUCUUCUUCAACAAGAGAACUAGACCCAUUAGCACUGCAUUUAUUUAGAAUUUGUGUUAAUGCAGCAUCGGUAGAGCGCCUAUGGAGUUCAAUGGAAUGA